GCCAACAGAGGAGAGAGAGAGAGAGAGAGGCGAACGUGGCAUUUAUAGGUGGAGGAGAGGGGGGAAGAAGAGAGGGAGGAGCAGGCCCGGCGUCGAGGGAGGCGGCGCGCGGGGAUGGGGGACUCCGGCGGCUCCGUCGUGUCGAUCGACGUCGAGCGCAUCUCCUUCGGCGGCAAGGAACAUCAUAUACAAACAAAUCAUGGGUCUGUAUCUGUUGCAGUGUAUGGUGAUCAUGACAAGCCUGCCCUUAUUACUUAUCCAGAUAUUGCUUUAAAUCAUAUGUCUUGCUUCCAAGGAUUACUCUUCUGCCCUGAAGCUGCUUCACUGCUGCUUCACAAUUUUUGCAUUUACCAUAUCAGCCCCCCAGGACACGAGCUGGGAGCUGCUCCGAUUUCACUGAGUACACUUAUGCCAUCUGUUGAUGACUUGGCGGAUCAAGUUGCAGAUGUUCUUGAUUUCUUUGGAUUAGGUUCUGUUAUGUGCUUAGGUGUCACUGCAGGUGCUUACAUUCUCACUCUCUUCGCGGCAAAGUAUAGGGAGCGUGUACUAGGUCUUAUACUGGUUUCACCUCUAUGUAAAGCUCCCACAUGGACUGAGUGGUUCUAUAAUAAGGUGGAGUCAAAUUUGCUGUAUUACUACGGGAUGUGUGGGUUGGUCAAGGAGUCCUUCCUGCAGCGGUACUUCAGCAAGGAAGUACGGGGAUGCCCUGAAUUACCGGAAUCAGACAUAGUGCAAGCUUGUAGAAGUUUUCUAGACCAGCGGCAGAGCAUGAAUGUGUGGCGAUUUGUACAGACAAUGAAUGGGAGGCAUGACUUGACAGAAGAGCUGAAGCAGCUUCAGUGUAGAACUCUGAUUUUUGUGGGCGAAAAUUCGCAGUUCCACACUGAGGCAGUUCACAUGACAUCAAAGCUCGAUAGAAGAUACUGUGCUCUAGUCGAGGUUCAAGCAUGCGGGUCGCUCGUAACGGAGGAGCAACCUCAUGCAAUGCUCAUACCUAUGGAGUACUUUUUCAUGGGGUAUGGUCUCUACAGGCCGAGCCAGCUUGACUGCAGCCCACGCAGCCCCCUCAGUCCAUUUUGCAUAUCACCGGAGCUCCUUUCACCCGAGAGCAUGGGGGUGAAGCUAAAGCCAAUCAAGACACGAGCGAGGCUUGAAGUGUAGCACAAGUGAAUAAGGUCAGCACAUGUGUUAUUUAGGGCUGACAUGGUGAGAGUUUAGGCUAACAGGUGGAUCGGCGUAGCAAGGUGUUUGGGUUAACUUUUUGGUGGUAAAGUGAGAUACUUGUUAUAGUGGUCAUGUAGAUAGGGAAUGGUAGGUUGGGUUGGUGGUUCUAUUCAAUUGAUUUCUAGCUUUUAAACCUGUAAAUUUGUAUACAUUGUUGAUCAACGCAAAGGGAAAAUAAUAAUAGGGGAAGGUGAGCUGUUCCCAAUCAUUUA